AUGUUUCUCAGAUUGUUUGCGAUCACGUGCUUAUGCGCGUGUGCAACAUUUUCCUUAGCACCGGAUAAGGUCUUUACUCAUAUUAUUAAAACACGAAGCAUCGAUCUUAAUAAUGCUCAUGGGCUUGCUAUGGAAAAUCGACUUGGCAGAAACGUCGUGCCAACCGGAUACUAUCUUGAACUGGAACCGUACAUAGAAGACGGCGUAUAUGAAGGCCGAGUGGUUAUAAACGUUACUUGGAAUACGGAGACCGACGAGAUAAAUCUACAUUGUGCUCCAGAUGUAGCAAUUGUAAAUUCGAAGGUUGAAUUGUUUGGAGAAUCCGGAAAAUCUCAAGAGAUUGCUAUUACACAAAUAGACACAGAUGCAAAGAAGUCCACUCUAAAGUUCCAAUUAGAAAAAUCGGUGCCAGCAAGCAGUAUUGGGGCACUCGACUUAAGUUUUAAAGGAAAAAUGGAGACUAGUACCAGCGAAGGUUUGUUUAAGUCCAGUUACAAAACGGAUCAAGAUGAAGAGAGGAUCGUGGUUGCAACACAGUUUCGCCCGAACAACGCCAGACGCAUGUUUCCGUGCUUUGACGAGCCGGAAUUCAAGGUUCCUUUCGAUGUGAGCAUCGUUCGUCCGCUAGGCAUGAUUGCCCUGAGUAAUAUGGCGAUCAGUAGAGUUGAAAAUAUAACGGAUGAACCAAAUGCAGAGCUCGUUCAUUUCAAACGAUCACCUCCGAUGUCGACAUUCACAAUGGGUUUCGUCUUGGCAGACUUAGUGCAACUUGGAAAUUCAAUUCAAUAUAGUGACAAAACAUCCAAUAAUUUCGAAAUGCGAGUGUGGGGUCGACCUGAGUAUUUAGAAGCUUUGCAGGAAGUUCCAGAUAAAUUCAUUCGAAUUUUGAACGAAAUUGCCGAAUUUAAUUGGCCACCAUUGCCACUGGAUAAGUUGGAUAUCGUUGCCUUGCCAAACUACCAGGGUGUGAAGCCGACUGAUAAUUGGGGUCUUAUCGUGUUCAGGGAGAGCGACUUGAGUAGCAGUGGACACAUCCAGCUAACUCAUGAAGUGCUGCAUCAGUGGUUGGGUGCCUUGGUCACACCGGCUUGGUGGUCAGAUGCUCACGUUAAUAAAGCUCUUGUCGGUUACCUCGCUGUUGAAACCGCCUAUAAGAUCAACAGAGGAUGCGAGAUGGAGGUCAAAUGGCCAAUGACCUUCCUGUACUCUUUAUACUACGAGUACAGCAAGCGAUACCCUCAUUCAAGAAUCACAGGCAUGAAGCAAGAGACAGUUAGCACUAAGAUUGAAUUGCUGUUUCGGAUGUUCAAUUACACACUCGGCGAUGAGACGCUUAAGAAGGGAUUAAAGAUGUUUGUGACCCAACGCGCAUUCCAAACAUUCGAUGGAGAUUUUCUAUGGCAAUCACUAAACACGGCAGCUUCAGAAGCAGGAAAUAGUCAAAAGAUAGACGUGAAAGCCAUUGCGCAAAGUUGGAUUGAAAAAGACAGACUUCCUGUGGUAACAGUUAAGAGAAAUUAUGAUUCGAAAACUGCGGUUGUGUCACAGAAACUUUAUCUUCGUGAACGCCCGCACGAUGUCCCAGAUGCCGGUCGAAUGUCGUGGUGGAUUCCACUAGUUGUGGUCCGUGGUGACAAUCUCGACUUUAACUCGACUGCUCCACUGGCAUGGAUGAAAGACCAGACCUUGGAAUUGAACAAUAUGCCUUCUAAGGAACACUUUAUCAUUGUUAAUCCCGAGGAGAUUGGGCCUUUCCCAGUCAAUUACGAUGAAGACAACUGGAAUCUUAUCGCGGAGUUCCUUAAAACUGAAAGACGAACGAAAAUACCGGAGUUGACACGUGCGAAAGUACUCCACGACGCUUGGAAUCUGGCGUUCGCGGGAGAGUUAUCUUUUGCGACGGCACUGAAUAUGACACUGUUUUUAAAACACGAAGAAAACCUUCCGGUUUGGGACCCGGUGUUCACUAUGAUUGAUCACAUCGACAGGCACAUUUGGGAUAUUCGUGAUAAAUUUAAUGCCUACGUCAUAAGCCUUCUGAGACCACCAUACAUUAAACUAACAAAGGAUAUCGAUGAAAAUGAAAAGAGUUGGCGACGCAAUAUGAGAAAUCUCUUUAAGACGUUCCUAUGUUCGGCUGGCUAUAAGCCUUGCAUUAAAGAUGCGCAAGAACAAUAUAGCAAGUGGAUGAAAGCACAGAAUCCUGAUGAAGGCAACCCGGUCUCUGAUCGUUAUUUAUGUCCCGUUUUCCGAUGGGGAACGCAAGAAGAGUGGAAUUUUGGUCUUCAGAGAGUUAUAAAUUUCCCCCCGUCUAGAAAACAGAGUGAGAGAACCUACCUCUUGAAGACACUGUCGGGUUGCUGCGAGGACAAGUACAAGCUCACGAGGCUGUUAAAUAUAACACUCCUGGAAGAAAACGGCAACUUUACAGAGAGGGAUAUAUUCCUCAUCAACAACAUGUUUUCAGACGAGCCCGUGGGUCAUACGACUCUCCUCCACUUUAUAGAUGAUAACUGGAACAUUAUAAAACAAAAAUACUACCACAGGACAAAUCUCUGGUCACACUUGAUAUCGACCGCUACAUCAUACUUCACGACAAAAGCCGGCUUGGACCUGGUCACUCAGCUAUACGUAAAGCAUCAAGGUGAAUUCGGGCCUGCAGAGCACAUUAUUGAGAAAGCCAUAAGAAACAUCAAAGAAGAAUCUAAAUGGAGCAGCCAAAACUUGCCAGUCAUGGAGAAAUGGCUUGACGAUUACCUCGAGAGAAAUGGAGUCAAAGUUGAAAAGAAGUAUUAG